CCAGAGGUACUGAUGGAUCCCCAUAAUUGGUUUGUUGGCUAAUCUAUGGUCCGGUGAGCUCAAUCAGGAUUUGUUCAGCUCUCUUUCACAGAUGUGUUUACAUUUUUGUCUCAACUGUCAAUUUGUAAAACAUUUCACAAGCCUCGAAAAGCUUUUAGCUGUGGACAUGACUGUGACAAAUAGGCAAUUGUCUUCCUUGGAUUGAGCUGCUGCAACAGUGAGCAUAAAGAUAAACUUUCAUUUGCAUGUUUCUACUCUCUAAUCUUUUAUUUGGAAUGGGAGGGAGAGACAAAGACAUGUGGGCAUCAUAAAAGUGGUGAACAGAUCAUUCAACAGAUGAGCUAGUAAAAUGUGGCUUCAGGGACAGUCAUGGAGAUACACAAGUCAAUUCAGCUGGCUAUCCUUUACAUACACUGCAUGUAGAAUUCAUCCAUGACCUACACUAAAUUCUUAUAAUGCAAGAUUUUUCAAAACAAGCACUUAUAUUGCAACAACAUAUCAGUAUGCGAUAUCCAUGUAGACAGCUACACUCCAUGGCCAAAAGCAUGAGGACACCCUUGUCCACAUACUUCUGUGUACUUUUGGUUUGGGCUGUUUUGAAUGGUUUGAGCUACGCACCUUGUUACAAUUAAAAUAAAUCUUAAAGCAAUUGUUUGUAAUUUUGGUAAAUAUGUGUAAGAUGCAGAUCUUCUGUUGAGAUGAUAAUUUUGAAACACCACUCUCAUGUUUCCUGUCAAGCCAGUUAGCUUACCUUAGCAUAAACACUGGAAAAACAGCUAUCCUUGCUUUGUGCAAAGGUAAUCAAAACCUGUCUACCAGCACUUCUAAAGCUCACUAAUUAACACAUUAUAUCUUUUUUUUAAUACGUACAAAAACUGAAGUGUAAAACGACACGUUUUGGUUUAAAGGGGGUUAUGUGCGGGACUAUUUCAUGACUGAGCUCAGUGACCUGGAGAAUUUUCAUCACUGUGAGGUUGCCAGUCAACCAGCAAAGACUCCAGUCCAGAUAUUUUAGAAAAGACAGAUCCCUGACUUCAACUCCAUCCAACACCUUUGGGGUGAACUGGAACGAGCCAGGCCUUAGCUCCCAAAAUCAUUACCCGACUUCACUAAUGCUCUUGUGGCUAAAUGGGAGCAAAUGGCCAGGUUCUAAAAUCUUGUGGAAAGCUUUCCCAGGAGAGUGGAGGAUAUUAUAGCAGCAAAUUAAUACUCAAUGGUUUUGGAAUGAGAUGUUUAACAAUCACAUAGGGGUGUAAUGUUACGGUGUCCACAUACUUUGUUUAGGUUACCUCAUACAAUUGGCCAUAGUGUUUAAUAAAAUGCAAUGUAAAUGUCAUUAUUUGGUUCCUUAGGCCAUACGUUCAUGUUUGCAUCAUAUUGUUAUUGUCAACAGGCCUAUAAAGCACAGACUUGUGAUAUACAGUUGGUAUUGUUGUCUUUUUCCAGAAAUUUGGGAUAUAGGCAUACAGUAGCUGUUCACCUUCUGUGGUUGGUUGCGCUGUGCUGUCACGUCAUCCUUAUCCUGGCCAAUAAGCUUGUGUCUGGCGAGCUCGGCCUGUGCUGAUCCUCUUCCCGACCACCUGUUGCAACUUAGUGCGAUAGGUUAUCUGCAGAAGCAUGAUCAGAUAAGACUUAGCAUGGACAAUUUGUUACCAGUAGCAAUUCACAACAGGAACAAUCAGAUAAUGCUUUUGAAAUGACAAGAGUGCUUUUGAUCUGCAAGGGGCUCAACUGCUUCUAACGCCUACUUCGGCACCAUCUUUUGCUCAACUAGGAGUUAAUCCCUUCUUUGUCUUUGCAAAAUGUCUGUGAGAACUCUCCCCCUGGUUUUCAUUAAUCUUGGUGGAGAGAUGCUUUACAUACUGGACCAACGGCUGCGAGCUCACAACACGUCUGAGGACAAUUCAGAGAAAGGAGUGUGGUCAGAAAAUGACAGAAAAAGAGUUAUGAAUGACAUCGUUGGCACCAUGUUUAGUAAAGCCUUUAUGGAUGAACUUCUCAAACCUCAGCAGCUGUAUUCUCACAGGACGCUGAAAGCAGUGCUAACUCGGUUAGCACACGCCUCCAUCAUGAGGCUGAACCCAGCCAGCAUGGACAGGCUUUAUGAGCUGAUGGUCAUGGCGUUCAAAUAUCAGGUCUUCCUUUGUCCACGCCCAAAAGACUUGCUUCUCAUCUCUUACAAUCACAUAGAUACCAUCAGGGAACUUGUAAAAGACACUCCUGUGGUCGUGAACCAAGUGGACGAGACACAUAGAAAGAUCAUUGAGGUUUACUCAUCUUUAUCAGAAGGUGAAUUCCAGCUUCUCAGACAAACACUGCUCAUAUUUUUUCAAGACAUGCAUGUUCGCGUGUCACUUUUCCUCAAAAAUCAAGUCCAGAAUCCCAACGGACGUUUUGCCCUGACAACAUCAGGCCCAGUGCCUCAUGGGAUAGAUGUCCCAGGGCUUAUUAGGACGUUUGACAGAAAGGGCAGAGAAGUGAGACGAAGUGAGUUCCCCACAGGAGGAAGUUACACCAGCCCCAUCAGAGAGGGAUCUUUUGAACUGCAUGGAGACCGAGUCAUCAGACUGGGCUUGAACAUAUACACUGUGAACCAUCCAGAGGAGACACACACAUCCAAGGCUCCCUCUGUCAAGUGUAAUCUAGGCAUGAGACCAUAUUUCUAUUCAGGUAUAACCUUCCUGUGCACCUCCAUCCUGCUGCAGAAACAUGACACUCCCAACCUACUGGCCAAAGAGGAGCUGAACCUGAUGGCUCGUCUGAUGGGCAGCAUGAAGGCCGAGAACAUGCCCAAAGCUGAAACUGGCCUUCGGAUCAACCUGUUUACUACAGACCAAGAGGAGGAGGAGGCGAUGAACAGGCUGCGACUGCGCUGGCUCGAAUCGCCGGACAGUUUGCAGAACAAGAAGAGCAGCCUGAAAAUCCCAGCAGCAACAAAGGAGACGACCUGCUGGCCAUGAUGGACAACCUCUGACCUCUGCUGUGUAGUUUCAAUGAGACGAUCAGACACAUGUAUUGUUUCAACUUUACUGCCUAACUCUCUAAAGUCUAUAUCUCAGGUAAAAUCACAUUAUCUGCCACUGUGAGCUUCUGUUUAAUCUGUAAAUUAUGCAGUUGUUGAUGUAUUCAGUUCUACAUCUGGUUGUUUAACAAUGAAGUAUAUUAGAGAGUAAGAUAAAUAUCCAAUGACUCAUUCUGUAGCACCUAUGCUAUGACUGACAUCAGACAAAAAGCUUUUUAUUGCAUUUAACUAUGUUUUAAAUUACUAGCACUUGGAAGUACCACAUGAAUGGACUACAAAUUGUAAGACCUGCUAUAUUUGAUAAUGUGUUUUCUAUAUAAUCAUUUUGUGUUUUCAGUAAAGCAUUUAUUCAGA